AUGCUAAUAAGCUCUUUUAUUCUCGUAGCAUUCGUGAGCUCGUUAAAUCUACGCAAAGAAUUAGGGAAUCUUUAUUUAACAGAAGGUGAGCCAUAUGAUCUUCUUUUAUCAGACUACUUUUCUGGAGACAACUUAUCGUUUUCCAUAGCAGACACCAACAUGACUAAUAACUCUGCAAGAAUAGAAAAUCAAUGCGAUUUUAAUCAUUUAUCUACGAUUCCAUAUGAAAAGCUAGAGAAAUCUUGGCUCUCUUGGGAUGCUCAGCCUGUUGUAAUGUGGCAAGAUAUAAAGUUACAAGUCAUUGUGGGAUUCAAUCAAAAUUAUUUAGCUGCUUAUAAAUUUUCGGCGUUAACAGAAGAAUCAAAGCUUAUUUGAAGUACAACUCUAAGUACAGAGCACAAAAAUUCUCAAAUUCAAGCAAUUGCGACACUGAAAGCUAGUCAUGGUGAUUAUCAUCUGGCUGUGUUAAUAAAGCAGCAAGAAAGCAAUGAUUUAUGAAGAAAUGAUAUAUAUAUGAUUAAAGUGCAGGAUGGCUAUAUUUUCCACGACCCUGAAAAAUUAAAUUUAAAUGAAAUUACCUACGCUUCAAAAAUAGUAAUGGGAAAUGGAAGUUCGUAUAAGUAUUUUCCCAUCUAUUGCGAAUUUCAUAAAACCUCAAGCAUUCCUAAUGUUUUGUAUAUUUAUGAAAUAAGUAAUUUUCAUGAACCAAUUUUAGUGCAAGCUAUUUCAAAUUAUGAAAAAAUAGUAUUUAUGAGUAAUUCUCUUUCUAUAAGAAGUAUUUUAACAGCUGCUCAAUAUAUAUACAUUUUAGAUUCAAAUUAUGGUGUAAUUUCUUUUUAUAAAACCUGACCGUUAGAAAUUUUUGAAGAAGAAUUAAACAUAAAUUUAAGUUAUUUCGGAGAACUCUAUUCAAUGGAAUUUACAGAUUUUGGAAAAAUGAUAAUAAAAGCUAGCUCAGGAAUCAUAGUAAUUGAAAGAGUGGUUAGAAAGCCAGGGAUUAGGAUUAGGAUUAGGAUUAUUAAAGUCAGUGCUAGCCAUAUUGGUGACGCAGUCACCAAAGACUUCCUGUAUAGGAGGUUCUACUGCUUUUCGACUCCAGCCCAGAGGGUCUAUCCCUCUUACGAGUGCCCUUCCGGUACCUUCUGUCUCCUCCUUGCCUUGAGGCUUCAGUCUUGAGUGGGCGGCUUAUGGAUUUCUGCGGCCCUGCUACGGGCGAUUGGAGUAGCUUGAUUCCAAGGAUCCUUGGAGACUAUCGGAUGUCGAAGUGCUUUCUUCGACAGCUAAAGGAAAAAGGCUGUUCCCCUGUGGCCAGGGCCGAAGCCCUCAGUUCCUCGGUAGAAGUAUGCCCAUGGGUCCUCGGAUCCAAAGGAAGCUGUUAGGCACCUCCAUUUCCAACCACAGGAAAGCAGCCAAAACCUCCUAGGAUACACACCUCUUGAGCCUGCACUAGAUUCUCGGCUCGGAGUCCGUCCCAGUUCGCCGUAGCCAUAAGGUUUGGACUGCUGCGCCAAGAGGGCAGGUCGAAUCGUGUCGCCAUUUAAUUUAUAUCCGUUGGAAAGCUAGGAUUAAGAAGAUUUUUGAAAAAUCAAGAAAAAGACUUAUGAAUCCAAGGAUAUGAAUGCCAAAACUACUAUUUCCUUCAAUCAGCUAGUGAAAUGUUGUCGAUAUUUUCCAUAUCUAAAGAAAAUCAAGUCGAAAUCACUUAUAAAAUUAAUUUGAAGAGUUUAGAUAUUCAUGGUGAUAGAAAUAUCCCACACAUACUUUGUGAUAUAGAAAAAAAUUCAUAUUGCUUCCAAAGAUUUGAAGAAGAGGGACUUAAAGCUUAUAGAAUUAAUUUAAAAGAAUGAAAACUAAGAAUUGUAGGAGACUUAUUUUAUGUGAAGGUUACAGCAAAAGACGAUGAGAGCCAUGAAAUAUCAGAUAUUUUAAACGUCAUUUCAAUUCCAAAAAACUCAGAUAGGAUUUUGGCACUAGAAGAGGGACGAAUAAAAGUGCCUGAGCCUAUAGAUCUAUGAAUAAGUGAAAAAACCUCAAUGCUAUAUUUCUUUCCUGCCACUUAUUUUUCAGGACCAAACCUUAAAUAUGAGUUUAUUUUCCCGUAUUCAGAAAAAUUCAAAUAUGAAAUUUCUAAUAUAACCAGGUUAGAAUUAGAAGAAAGCAGAACCUCUCCUGAUGGUCUUCGAAAAUUUUUAGUUUCUGAAUCAAUAUUUUAUUAUUUUUAUGAUAAUAAAAUUGAGUUACUCUCCUCCAUGAGCGAACAAAAAAAUCUUGUUCAUCACGGAAAGGGUUAAUGUUUUUUUUAAAAAUAUUUAUAUAUAAAUUUUAAAGAAAAAAAAAUUUUUUUAGAAUUUAAAAAAAUCCCACUCCUAGAAAAUUGGAAAACAAAUAUUAAAUUUAAUUGUAAAAUUUAUGUUUUAAAAAACGCAAUUUGUUUAAAUUUAAACAGAGCUAGCUUGAGAUUCCAUGAUACUAAUUAUCACUUAUUAUCAAAAUUUUUUUCCCAUAAACAAUUUUUCUAUUAAAAAAAUUUUUGUUUGCUCACAGAGGGUGGGUUUUUGGGCAAAAAAUAGCGAUUUUCCUUAUGGUUUUGUUCGCUCACGGAGGGAGGGGGGGUUAGAAAAAAUCGACUAUUUCAGAAUCACUUUAAAUAUAACAAGCCCAAUAAGAAUGUUGGAAAAUAGUGGAUACUAUGUGGUUUAUUCAAAUCCAAGUGAAAAUAUAUUUCUUAUAUCAACCCUUUUAUCUGAUGGUCGAACGCUGAAUUUAGUCGAAGAAAUGGAAUCAGAGAUUGAUUGCAUGCUUCUUGAUUUCUAUAAUAGCUGAUUACUAUGUGGAAAUAGCGAAACAAUUAACAUUUAUAGUUGGAGUGGGUUUUGAAAAAAAUUAUUUUCUUUAACUGAGAUUAUGGACCAAAUCAAUUUUAAGUUAGAAAUAGCUGAUGCUUUUCUUAGCAAGGAUAAUGGGUUUAUUUAUAUACUUGACAGAAAUUUUGGAGCUUUAGUUAUCAGUAUGUUUGAGAGGCAAAUUAAAUUCGCAUUAAGAACGAAAGGAAUAUUUAAAAUUUUGAUACUAGAAGAAAGAAAAAUGGGGCUUAUUUAUGAAGACAAAGCUGAAAUUUAUAAUUAUCUUUUUCAACUCGAAAAAACUAUAUUUUUUAAAGCAGAGGGACCACUUACAAAUGCUUUUGUGUAUCAAUCCAUUAUUUUUAUACAAAUAGGCGCAAUUUUUUAUAUAUAUUAUCCAAGUCAAUUGUCACAUGAUGCAUUGGCUUAUUCAUUUGAAAUCCAAAGCCCAUAUAAAUAAAAUGGCAUUCGGUUCGAGAGAAAUUAGCUUUGCUAAUUUUCUCUCCCUCAUGGAAUUUUAUUUAUAGGGUUAGGUUUUCACUCGAGAACUUCUGGACAGCAAUAGCGGUUUAACUCUGGGGAUAACCAGAGGAACGCCUCCUCAGCGCAUCAAAAGGCUCGGAUUUUUACCUCUCAGCACAUCUCCACGGGAAGAUGACCCUUAGGCGGAACACGUGCAGCAGCUGAGUCGAGACAAGGGCGACGGCAUCGCGCCGGGUGAGACGUGCAGCAAGGCUGGUGAAGCAGGAGUUGAUAGAAGGCUUGGCCAGGGCUGACCUGUUCCAAGAUGGCUCGCCUACGUCACUAGUUUUGCCAUAGGUCCUUUUGGGCUGCGGCACUAGACACCUUAAACACCAGAUAAUUAAGUAAGUAAGUAAGUAAGAAAUCCAAAGCCCAGGAAUCAUUUCUUAUGGACGAAAUAGUUGGUAUGAGUUAUUGAUAACCAACUAUAAUCCAGAUGCAAAACUUAUUGAAAUAUACAAGAGCCCAUUUCCAAGUAAAGAUGUUUUCCCUCCUGUUUAUAAAAUUAGCAUAAUUGCUGAUGACAUUGAUAGUUUACAGAGCUCAUGCUAUAAUGAAAGUUUUUCAGUGAUUGCAUAUAAUGCUUAUGACAAAAUGGAAGCCAAUUUUUCAUUAUUGUUGCAAAUUGAUGGGAACUUCCCAUGAAUAGAAAAUGACAAAUUAGUUAUUCAUGAAAAUUUACCUUAUAAUAGUAGAUUUGAGGUAGAUUUAAGCGACUCAUUUCAUGGGCAAUAUUUAAAUAUGAGUUUGAAUAUCAAUGGAAUUAAUAUUAAUGAUCAAACAUCAGAAAUUUUACCAGCAUUUAUACCGAAAAGAGUAGAAGUUGUAGGAGAACAUCAAACAAAAAAUAAUUGAAUGAAAGACCAUAUUAUUCUUCCCCGCACAGAAAUAGCUUUGAUAGCCAGUAAUAAUGGUUUUCUUUUUAUGAACUCAACAGGCUUUAACAACGAAGGAAAAUUUUUGAAUGUUUCUGAACAUACUAAUCUCAAAAGCUUGACUUGUUCCUUAGUUGAAUCCUUUCCACAUGAAAUUAAAAAUUUGGCAUUAAUAGUUACAUCUUGCACUUAUCGGACUGCAAGUGAUCAACUUUUUGUGAAAACAGUGAGAGAAUUUGCUCUCAAAAAUGCACUCAUUUUGUGGGAAAUCGAUUUUAUUAGCUUAAAAAUUACAAAUUAUAUCUUAUUCAGCAUUGCUGCAGAGCCAUGAUGCUUGAAAAUUGCUCCACUUACUGAACUUGACUUUGAGCUAAUGGUUGUCAUGGGUGAUAAUAACAUAUUUGAUUAUAAUGAUGUUUUAAGAUUUAGAGGAAAAUGAAUUGAAAAUCUUAUAACCAUUCAGCUUUUAGAAACUAUAAAUUUCCUUUCAUUAGAUGUUCCAUCGUUUUCCCCUGUGUCACUUGAUUACAAGGUAAAAAAUUCUCAAACUUCUUACUGAUAUCUAGCAGACAAAAAAUAUGGAAUUAGGGUUUUAGAAACUAGUAAUAGCCAAAGAAGUUAUUUGGUAGGAGAGCUUCCAUAUCUAAAUGUUCAUAACUAUUUCAUAGCAUUUGGUCUUUGUGGAGAUAUUUUAUAUGUUUCUUCAUCUAUGUCAGCAAUAGUGUCUUAUAAGAUAAAAGACUAUAUUUAUUUUGAAAAAGACUCUGAUUAUAAUAUUUUGAAAGGAUCAGAAAGUGUCUAUAUUGGAGCACAUAGUCCUAUUAUAUGUUCAAUGGAUAAUCGAUAUUUUGCAGUCCACACAUUCAAUUCAGAAUGCUUAUUUCUAACAAUUUUUGAUACAAAAUCUCAAAGCAAUUCGAAUCUCUACCCUAACUUUUAUCUCUCUCUCCCUAAUCUCGCUCCGAUGAUGGUAAAAGCAAGAUUUAUCAAUGAAAAUGAAAUUUCUGCAAUUUUUUAUUCUAGUUUUACAUAUAAAAGACUCAAGGUAAACCAAAAUUCUUUAAUAUAA